UGUCUCUGGUUUUAAAAGGAGUUAUAAGAUCACAGGAGCCUGUGGCUGAACUCUCUCUGGACCUCAUACUGACGGACAACACUCAUCUCGGCAAAAACAAUUCUGAUUUAUCUAACAUUUUUUUCAUCCACCAUCAUCAUGGCUGAAUCUGGUUUCCCUUUACCACCAGAGAAUUACUGUCCCCUAUGUGCAGACUCACUGAGAGACCCGGUCACCAUCCCUUGUGGUGAUACCUACUGCCUGGAGUGCAUCAAGAUCUACUGGGACCAGUUUGACCACAUGGGUGUGUACACCUGUCCACAGUGCCGCGCAACCUUCACACCACGGCCAGUGCUGAGACGCAAUCUACCCGAUGUGAACCAUGAGCCACGGCGGCAGCUUCCAGAGCUCACUCCUUUCCCGUACAUGCACCGGGAAUCCUUCUGUGACUUCUGUGUCGGCCGUCGCAACAGAGCUGUCAAAUCGUGCCUCAUGUGCUUGGCCUAUUACUGUGAAACACACGUCAAGCCACAUUACGAGUCGUCCACCUUCAAGAGACACAAGCUGGUGGAUGAGACGGGCCACCUGGACAGGAAGAUCUGCCCCCAGCAUGAGAAAGGCCUGGAGCUGUUCUGUCGCUCUGACCAGAUGUGCAUCUGUGUGCUAUGUACAGUCAGAGAGCACCGCAGCCACAACAUUACCUCAGCAGAAGAAGAACGCAUUGAAAAACAAAAAGUCUUGGUGGUCACUCAGUCUGAAGUCCAGUACAUCAUUCAGGAGAGGAUGAAGGAGCUGCAGGAGCUCAAACAUAAUGUGGAUGUUCUAAAAAGUUGUGCCCAGCGAGCACAGGCAGAAAGCGAUAAGACAUUCCACGAAAUGCUGCAAGCGGUGGAACGCUGGAAGGCUGAAAUCAAUCAGAUGAUAAUGGCCAACAUGCAGGCAGCGAUGUCACAGGCUGACGGCUAUGUAGACCGUCUGGAGCAGGAGAUACUGGAAUUGCAACGCAGAGAUGCAGAGCUACGACAGAUUCUGGAAACAGAGGACAACAUUCACUUCCUGCAGAAUUUUCCAACCCUGUGUGUUCCUCCUGAGGCCAUGGUGCCCAAAGUGCUCAUCAACCCUCAGUUCUCCUUUGGAGAGAUGAGUAAGACCGCCACAGAGAUGAAAGAAAAUCUGGACGACAUCUGUAAGAAGGAACUGAGCAAAAUCUCUAAGACAGUUAGUGAAACCCCUGUGUACAUACUUUUGCCAAGGAAUGGAGACAAACGACUUAAAGUUCCUUCGAGAGUUGAUUUUCAGGAGCCAAAAACCAGGACUGACUUCUUAAGAUACUCCUGCAAGAUGUCCUUUGAUCCAAACACAGUCUAUAAAGAGCUGGUCCUGUCAGACGGGAACCAGAGGGUCACAAGGAAGAAAACAAUCCAGUUUUAUCCAGAUCAUCCAGAACGUUUUGAUGGCUUCUCCCAGGCACUGUGCAAGGAGCCUCUGACUGGUUUUAGGUUUUACUGGGAGGCAGAGUGGAGCGGAGAAUUUUCUAUUGGGGUGGCCUACAAGAGCAUCAGUCGCAAGGGGAAGAAUUCACACAGCCUGCUUGGUUACAACGACAAGUCUUGGAGUCUUCUCUGCUCAGACUCAGGUUACUCUGCCUGGCACAACAAAGUAGACAAAGACCUUCCUGAUGCUCCCAGGGCCACACGUAUUGGUGUGUACCUGGAUUACGCAGGCAACACUGUGGCCUUUUACUCAGUAUCAGAGACUAUGGAUGUUAUCCACAGGUUCAAAGCUCAGUUCAGUGAGCCUUUGUAUGCUGGUUUUGGUGUGGGCUCCUCUGUCACCCUCUGCCAACUGAAGCCGAAUUCCAGGCCUUACUAAUAUUUAAAAAACAGGAUAGUUGUGGGAAGGCCUCUGUGAAUAUUGAUUGUACAGUACAGUGUAAAGUUAUUAUCUACAAAAUGAAUUUAAAAUCCCUCGCUCUUGUUGUAAUCACAUUCUGUAUGCUCCUGCAAUAUAUGAUGAUGUCUCACUGAAUGUAAUUUCAGUUACAUAUAUGUGUUUUCAUGUCAUGAAAUUUCCUGUUUGGAGAAAUAAACUAUAUAUUGAUUUAAUAGGGACACUGCAAGUAACAAUACAGUCUUCUAAUGUCAGUAACCUAAGGCCUAAAAUCAUGUGAUGUUCUCUGACCAUUAACAUGAUGUGGUUGAAACAAUCUGUGGAUGGAUGGCAAAAAUGUAAAAAAGUAUAUUUGUGUGCAGAACAUUCGCAAAUAAGGUUGAAGCAAAGACAUAUAUAUGUAUAUAUUAAAUAUGUGCAAUAUGAAAUGCAAGCGAGGUGCAACCAAACCUGUAUGGCAAAGACAAAAAUAUUUACAGAGGCAACUGUAGAAAAACAUGGGUUUUGAGA